AUGGGUUCUCUAGGGCCUCUUGGGGGAGUACUGGACGACUCAUGGCCUGCGAAAAGCCCAAUCGACGUGCCAGAGGAGCGCUCCACUCAUUUGCCGCAUCAGAUGACGCCGCCUCUACCGGCCACCCCAGACAAUGUCAAUGACAUAUCUGUUCCGAGUCCAUCGCAGUCAACUGUAGAGGGAACCACAGCAAGAGCCGAUUUGAUAGACCUUCAGAGAGACUUCCGAGAUGAUAUGCAGGCUUAUCUCCCAGUCGGUACCCUAGAGAGCCAGCAAGCACUCGCACCCGAGUACAUAUCCAGUCUUCAACUACUAGCUCAAAACAGGUGGAUAGGUGUCCGCGCAACUGAAAUAAGCAAUGGAAUCCGCAUAUACGUCAAUACUAUCCUGGCAAGCCGCACGAGCUCUCAAAAGGGCAUUGGAAAGCUGAGAAAAUCGUUGAAAUUCAUUAUGUCCAAAGUCGACUCUUCUCCUGACGCGUGGGAGGGCCACCGAGAUCCUCAGGUACAGAACAGGGAUAUGGUUCCUGCAGCAGAAGAAGAGUCAUUGUGGCAUAUCUACAACACGCUGCAGAAUCCUAAGCCGAAUGCUGGGACCAUGAAAGAUCCCUGGUCCAGACGAGCUAUGGAAGAAGUGCUCUCUGGUGGCGACUUCAAGGAGUAUGGGCUGAAGACUGAUCUGUUUCCGUAUCAGCGGAGAUCGGCAGCUAUGAUGAUCCAACGGGAGGCGCAGCCUGCUUUGAUGUUGGAUCCGAGGUUGCAGGAGCUCAAGACUCCGUUAGGGCUUCCCUAUUAUUACGACAAAGAAGAAGGCUGUAUCGUUAGGGAGAAGUCUGUUUAUUCAGAGGCAUGUGGAGGUAUUCUAGCGGAGACCAUGGGCGGCGGUAAAACUCUCAUUUGUCUUGCAGUCAUAUGGGCCACCCGAGGCCAUUUACCCCAAAUCCCCGUUCAAUAUCAGUCUCCGCAAGACAAGCCCAACUCAACACCAAUCCGUGAGAGAACUGGUUCUCUUAUGGAUAUGGCUGCGGCGGCAGCUGGCCGGCACUCUAAGCCCUGGAAAAGCUUUUUCCUCGACAGGCAGCUCCAGGAGAAUAUGAUCUAUAAGCGAUGUAUUGAAGCCUGCAAGCGAAACCCUGGCUCGUACGAGAUUCCACCACCACCUUCCAGGUACCAAGGCCGCAAUAGCACCUCGUAUCCUCGACCACCGGCUAAGCGUAUUCUCAUUUGCUCGGGUACCCUUGUCAUUGUGCCCAAGAACUUGGUCGAUCACUGGGAAAGCGAAAUUGCAAAGCAUACCGAAGGCCUCGAAGUUCUGGUCUUGCGUAACAGCGCCCAGAAGACUCCAUCUGCGGAAGAGCUUCUUGAUUACGACAUCGUGCUAUUCGACCGGCACCGAUUCGAAAGAGAGGCUGGAGAACCGCUUCACAAUCGAAGUGUCAAAUGGAAUCGGAUCGACUCACCGUUAACUCAGCUCCAUUGGCUGCGUGUUAUUGUCGACGAAGGUCACAAUGUUGCUGGAAACGGAGGGAAGACUAACAUGAGCCACCUCCUCGACCAGCUCCACAUCGAACGCCGCUGGGUCAUCUCCGGUACACCUUCAGCUGGGCUGUAUGGGGUUGAGAUCAGUCUUGCAUCUCAAGAAGCUAGUGCCAGGGAGACAGAAUCUCCUGAAAGGGCCACAGCAGCCGCCCUGGAAGCACGGAACAAAACCGGAAAUGCUAUAAACAAUGAAAUGAAGACUCUCAACCAACUUCGACGGAUCGUCGUUGAUUUUCUCGGCUUGAAGCCCUGGUCCAACUCAAAGGGGGAUGAUCCCGCAGACUGGACUACGUAUAUGAAGCCAAUUGGAGAAGAUGGCAAACGGCGGAAGAGUCUUGCUAUCCGGGCCACUCUCCAAGGAUUGGUGGUGCGCCACCAAUUAGAUGUUGUGCACCAGGAGAAUAUCCUCCCGCCGCUCUACAACAAGCCAGUCUACCUAGAACCGACCUUCUAUGACAAACUGUCCAUCAACUUGUUUAUCUUUGGCCUGGCGGUGAACUCGAUCACAUCUGAGCGGCAAGGGCCGGAUUACAUGUUUGCGCCGAGCAAUCGGAAAGAUCUGAAUCUGUUGAUUUCCAAUUUGCGACAGGCUGGGUUCUGGUGGAUUGGGUCCAAUGUCAACUUAGAGGACUCACUCAAGCAUGCCACCAAGUAUAUGGACAAGAAUCUGAGAAAGAUGUCCAAGCCAGAUAUUGAGACGCUUGAACAUGGGAUGAAAAUUGCUCGUCGAGCUUUAGGAUCGAUUGGCUGGAACCACUUCAAGCAACUGCAGGAACUUGGAGUAUAUCUUAUGAAUUUCCCCGAGGAUCAUCGAAUGCAUUGGUCGCUGAGCCCCGACAAUUCAGAACGAAAUCCAAUGCUCAUGGGUAUUACGCAGGCUCGCUAUGCACAAAAACAUGUUACUGAGCAUCUCCGGUCUCUCGAUCCAACGGAGGGCUUCUCGGGCGCAGGCAUCAGUACCCGGAAGGAACUGUCAGAGCGUGAUGCGAAGAACAAGCCCAAAAAGGGCGCCCCUGAGUCAUCUGCCUCAAGACCUUCGAUCGCAAACUGUUCCGAUCACUUCCCCGAUGACUCUCCCCUCAACAAGACCCAGCUCGUCGCCACUGCCUCUGCAAAAUUGACCUAUCUCCUGGAUCAAAUCAUCAAAUACCAAGCGACAGAAAAGAUAAUCAUCUUCUACGAAAAUGACAACACCGCUUUCUGGAUCGCUGAAGGCCUAGAGCUCCUAGGCAUCGAGUUCCGAAUCUACGCCAGCACCCUCAAAACGGGACAGCGAACAGAGUACCUGCGCCUGUUCCGGGAGACAGACCAAAUCCGCGUUCUCCUAAUGAGCCUCAGCCAGGCCGCCCAUGGGCUGCACAUCGCGCAAGCCUCCCGAGUCUACAUUGUGAACCCAAUCUGGCAGCCCACAAUCGAGAGCCAAGCCAUCAAACGAGCUCACAGAAUCGGCCAAACGCGGCCGGUCUACGUUGAAACGCUGGUACUGAGAGAUACAUUGGAGCACCGCAUGUUACUUCGCCGGAAGGAAAUGACCGAGGCGGAGAUGCAGAAUGCAGAGAAGAGUCUUCUGGAUGAUAAUACCAUGAGCGAUAUCAUUCAGAAUGAGCCUUUUCUGGCUAUGGCGGAUGAGUCGGAUACAGGCGCCGCGUAUCUUGAGAAUCCGACUGGGUUCUUUGAUCGGCAUCGUCUUCCUAUCCCCGAUGACGAGGAUGUUCCUAUGCGAAGCCCCACGGAUAAACGGGCUCUGACGACGGACUUUGAUGCAGAUAUGGGGGGAUAUGUCGCCGAAGCCAAAGAAACGGAAGGGUAUUGGUUUUGCGGAUGA